AUGGCAACUCAUGCAGUCGAGAGAUUAUCCGCGUCUGCCAAGGAAAAAACUGGAAUCCAAGUCCUCCUAUCAACCAUUUAUGCUUCUGCUGGCAAAUGGAGCGAUUUUGCAAAUGUGAGAAAGCACACGAAAGAAAAAGGAGUUCUGAAAGUUCCUGGUUUAAGCUCAACCGAUGUAAAUGGAGUCAUCCACGAGUCCACUUCGGGUGAAGAAUCCCAUCCGGAGAAGGACAUAGACAAACAAGAGAGAAUUCUUGCUGAGCCGACACAGCGAGAAACAAGCCAUUGUCUUCGGGUUUGUAUGUUCAGAUCAUGGAAUGCCUGUACGGGUUGUUAA